AUGGCACUAAGAGGUCACGGAGACAAUGAAGGAAACUUCUAUGAACUUUUGCAGUUGAGAGCAAAUGACAUUCCCGAACUGAAAGAAUGGCUUCAACGAAAAAGAGCGUGGCUUACUCAUGACAACCAGAAUGAAAUCCUGGAGCUCUUGGCCUUAGAGGUGAUGCGGAAACUCAAUAAUAGCAUAAAAGAAGAUGAAUAUUUUUCCUUAAUAGUAGAUGGGACAACAGAUGUGUCGACAAAAGAACAAGUUGCCUUAUGUAUAAGACAUGUCAAUGGUGACUUUGAGGUUUCUGAAGACUUUAUUGGUUUAUAUGAGACAUCUUCGACAACUGGGGAAACUCUGACCAAAAUAAUACAAGAUGUACUGUUGAGGUUAGACCUGAACAUAGACAACUGUCGUGGACAGUGUUAUGAUGGGGCUGGAAAUAUGAAGGGCCACAUGAAAGCCCAAGUUGACAGAGUUAAACAACGUUUAACAAAGUUGAGAACCGAUGAGAAGUUUAACGAACUAUGGGAGAAAGUGAAGAAACGAGGGGCAGAUAUGGAUUUACUCCCGGUCACUCUUCCACGUGUUCGAGCGCCUCCAAAACGACUAGAACAGAAAAGUGAUGCUUCCCCACCAGUGACGUUCUCCGGUCCAGAGACUUAUUUGAGGAAACAGUACUUCGACGUUUUGGACAACUUAAACGUCUGCAGCAACUGCAGAAAGAACCUUUUCUUGUCUUCGUCGCUUGAAAACGUGGCUGCGUUCCACGAUGACGCAGAAGAGAUUGAACCAUCUUGCAAUCUUAUCCGUCCAUAG